UACGACGCCGAACUGCAGUCAGGUCAAGACCCUGAAUGCCAGUAAGGAGGAAAGUGUUUACAUUAGAGGCACUUUAGUCAACAAGAUGAAGCUCAAACAAUGUGCAACAACUAAACCACUGCACACAAAUAAGGGGACUGAACGUCAUGGAAACCUGGGUAUAACACACACAGAACAUGACCCACAGUCAGGCGAUGACUCCACCGGCAGAGAUGAAUCAGACUUUACCCAAGCCCUCUCAAAGAGCACCAAUUCAAAUCCUCAUUCAGAUUCUAGUCCACUCCACAAGGAUCCUGUGGUAGUGCUAACCAGGUUGGCUGAUGUGGUGGUUAAGACACUUCUGAGAGACAUUAAAGUGUGUUUGGUGAAGGAGGAGACUGAUGUCAGGAGGGAUGAAUGCAACAAUGGAGGUUCUUCUCAGUUUUUUCCUUGUCCACACUGCACCAUCUCCUUCACUGACUGUUACUUCCUGGAGAACCACAUCAAGACCAAACACCAGAAGCAGUACCUGGCCAUGUUGAAAAGCCAAGUCUCAAAGAGUAAAACCGUGUACGGCCCCACACACAGCUGUCCCCACUGUAGCUGCAUGUUCCAUACACCACGACAGCUAGACAUUCACACCCGCAAGGCCCACCCCUCUGCCCUUCCCCAGAAACCUGCCCCUCCCCAGAAACCUGCCCGUCCCCACAGGGUUCAGGAGAAGUUCCACACCUGCCCGCAGUGUUCCCGCAGAUUCAAGUACCUGGGCAGCCUGCUGAAGCACUGCAAGAGUUUGCACAAAAUGGCCGUUGCUCUCACCGAAGGACACAUUAGUUGCACGGACUGUGGGAAGAGCUUUGAGAAUUGCUGGGGCCUGGGGCCUCACCGGUGUCAUGAACCAGAGGGUUCUAAACCUAAGGACACUAAACCGAUGGUCUGUCUGGAAGUCGGCUUCCAAUGCUUAGAGUGUGGCAAGAUCCUCACUACUCCUACGAGCCUGAACACUCACAUGCGCAUCCACACCGGAGAGAAGCCUUAUGUCUGCAAGGAGUGCGGCAAGCGCUUCUCAGAUACCAGCGCUUACCGUUAUCACUUGUUAAUACACAAUGGGGUCAAGCCAUUCAAAUGCCAGGACUGUGGGAAGUCUUUCAAACAGAAGUCGCUCCUCAGGAAACACAUGACUGUUCACUCUGGUGAGAGGAAGUACUCCUGCUCCCAAUGCGACAGGCAGUUUGCAUACAGGGAGAGUCUGAAGCUUCACCUGCGCACACACUCAGGGGAGAGACCUUUCAAAUGUACGGUGUGUGGUAAAGACUUUGCUGACAAAGGUUAUCUGAAAACUCAUCUGAAGAUCCACAGCAACCAGAAAAACUACCAUUGUGGGGUUUGUGGGCGGAAGUUCAUAAGGAUUGGGGUGCUGAACAUACACCUGCGCUCACACACCGGGGAGAGGCCUUACCACUGCACAGUGUGUGACAAGCAAUUUUCCCGACUCGACCACCUGAAGAACCACCAGCGCACUCACACAGGUGAGAAACCAUACACCUGUACAGAGUGUGGUAAAAGCUACACUCAGUCUGGAGAUCUGGCCAAACACAAGCGCCUCCACACUGGGGAGAGGCCAUUUGAAUGUUCUGAAUGCCACAAACGGUUUAUCUGCUCUGCUUCUCUGACCCUGCACAUGAGGACCCACACUCACCGUGAUGUAAAGCCAUACUCCUGCCAAGAAUGUGGGAAGAGCUUUUAUGAACAGAGUCACGUUAAAGGCCACAUGAAAAUACACAAGGGGAAAUGUUAUUCCUGCCCCCACUGCUUUGUCAGCUUUGCUCGCAAGUCCAACCUCUCCAAACACCUGCUUAGAUGUUGUAAACCUAAAUGAUUCUGCUGUAUAUUUUUAACAUGACUCCUUUUAUGAAACUCAGUUACUCUUAUGAAUUAAUAGGAGGGGCGUCUGAUCUCUUUAGUCAGUGAUAGAUGUGACAACAAAUGCAAAUGAAAUUUUGCUCCCCUGUUUAUGGUAACGCCACAAUGUUUUAGCAAUCCUCCAGUUGGGUCACACAGUGAGCUCCAAAAGUAUUGGGACAGUGACAUGUUUUGGCUCUGUACUGCAGCACUUUGGAUUUGAAAUGAUACAAUGACUAUGAGGUUUAAGUGCAGACUGUCAGCUUUAUUUUGCGGGUAUUUUCAUACAUAGCUGGUGAACCGUUUGGAAAGAACAGCAUUUUUUUGUACAUAUUCCCCCCCCCCAUUUUAAGGGAACCAAAAGUAUUGGGACGAAUUCACUAAUGUGUAGUCAAAAGUGUAUUAUUUGGUCCCAUAUUCCUAGAAUGCAAUGCUUACAUCAAGCUUGUGACUCUGGAUGCAUUUGCAGUUUG